CAAGGACAGCUGUUUUAUUCAGCCUAAAUAGGACGCACCACAGACACUGCAGAGUCUCACAAGAAGACAGUAUGAAUCGUCAAACUACUCUGUGCCUGGGGUUAGUGACGUUUUUUGUCACCUGGACUCAUGCUCAUCCCGUGUCUCCUUUAGAGAUAGUUGAUUUUGUGAAUAAAGCUGACACUACAUGGAAAGCUGGACAUAACUUUGAUAAUGCUGAUGUUUCCUACUAUAAAUCUCUAUGUGGGACUAUUAUGAAUGGACCAAAAUUGCCACAGGUCUUUCACAACACUGAGAAUAUAAAACUUCCAGAUAGUUUUGAUGCCCGUGAGCAGUGGCCCAACUGUCCCACUAUCGCACAGAUUCGAGACCAAGGCAACUGUGGGUCCUGCUGGGCCUUUGGGGCAGUGGAGGCCAUAUCAGACCGUAUCUGCAUUCUAAGCGAUGGGAAGGUGACAGUGCAGAUUUCAGCUGAGGACCUCCUAAGCUGCUGUGAUGAGUGUGGCAUGGGAUGUUAUGGUGGUUUUCCGUCUGUUGCCUGGGAUUUCUGGGCAAAGAAAGGAUUAGUCACAGGAGGCUUGUAUAACUCCAAAGUGGGUUGUCGACCCUACACUAUUGCUCCCUGUGAGCAUCAUGUAAACGGCACACGGCCUCCCUGUCAAGGUGAGACAGACACUCCAAAAUGUGUGGAGCAGUGCAUCGAUGGAUACUCUCCCUCCUAUCCUAAGGACAAGUACUUUGGUGGACACACAUAUAGUGUCCCCAGCAACGAGGACCAAAUCAAGACUGAGUUGUACAAGAAUGGACCAGUAGAGGCUGCCUUCUCUGUUUAUGCUGAUUUUCUCCAAUACAAAUCUGGUGUGUACCAGCAUGUAACAGGAGAGAUGCUCGGUGGUCAUGCUGUCAAAAUCUUGGGCUGGGGGGAGGAGAAUGGCACUCCUUACUGGUUAGUUGCUAACUCCUGGAAUGAGGAUUGGGGUGAUAAAGGUUACUUCAAGAUCAAACGUGGAAAUGAUGAAUGUGGUUUUGAAUCUGAGAUAGUUGCAGGCAUGCCACGGUAGAAGAGAA